AUGAGCCUUUCUGGGCGGAGGAUGGGCGAAGGGCGCCCGCAGUGGGGGUCUCGCGCCAGGAAGCGCCUCCCGCGCCCCGGGAGGAGAGGGUCACCCCGCGGGCGGCCGGGAGGCGGCGGUGCCGGCGCGCCGCGCUCCCUGCUCGGGCUGUUCGUGCACGCGUGGCUGUGGGCGGCCUCGGGCUCAUCUGCCCAGGUGUUCAACCUCAGCCUGUCCGUGGAUGAGGGGCUUCCCCCGGACACGCUGGUCGGCGACAUUCGCGCGGGGCUGCCGGCGGCGCAGCAGCAGGAGGGGGGCGGCUUCUUCCUGUCCGAGGACUCGGACGACUCCCCGCUGCUGGAUGACUUCCAAGUGCACCCGGGCACCGGCAUCAUCCGCACGGCGCGGCGCCUGGACCGCGAGCAGCGCGACCACUACAGCUUCGUGGCGGCCACGCUGCUGGGCGCCGUGGUGCAGGUGGAGAUCCGCGUCAACGACGUGAACGACCACUCGCCCCGCUUUCCCCGGGAGUCCCUGCGCCUCGACGUCUCUGAGCUCAGCCCGCCGGGCACCGCCUUCCGCCUGCCAGGUGCGCACGAUCCGGAUGCCGGGCUGUUUGGCACACAGGGCUACACCCUGGUGCAGCCGGUCCCCUGGUCGGAGGACCCCGCGGAACCACUCUUCCAGCUGCGCUACGGGACUCCGGGGCCCUCGCCGCUGCCGGCCUCCUCGUCGACCCUGGAGCCCCUGGACUUGGUGCUGCUGCGGCGCCUGGACCGAGAGGCGGCGGCGGCGCAUGAGCUGCAGAUCGAGGCGUGGGACGGCGGCCGCCCGCGGCGCACGGGCCGCCUGCGCGUGGAGCUCUGCGUGCUGGACGAGAACGACAACCCGCCCGUCUUCGAGCAGGACGAGUACCGCGCCGCGGUGCGCGAGGACGCCCCGCCGGGCGCCGAGGUGUGUCGCCUGCGUGCCACCGACCGCGACCUGGGCCCCAACGGCCACGUGCGCUACCGCCUCCGCUCCCGGCAGGGAUCCGGUGCGGGGGCGGGCGGCGAGGACGGGGCCUUCUUUGCGGUGGAGGAGCUGAGCGGCGUGGUGCGGGUGCGGAGGCCUCUGGACCGCGAGGCGCAGGCCUGGCACCAGCUGGUGGUCGAGGCCCGCGACGGGGGCGCGGAGCCUGAGGUCGCCACGGUGCGCGUGUCCAUCGCCGUGCUGGACGUGAAUGACAACCGGCCCGCCAUUCACCUGCUGUUUCUCACCGAGGGCGGCGCCGCCCGCGUCUCCGAGGGCGCCCGACCCGGCGACUACGUGGCUCGCGUCUCGGUGUCCGACGCGGACGGUGACCCGGAGAAGGAAGAAGAGGAGGCUGGGGAGCCCGGUGCAGGCAUCGGGAGCGCGAGCGUGUCGCUGUCCCUGGAGGGCGGGGAGGGCGCCUUCGCGCUGCGGCCCGGCGGCCGCCCGGGGGUGUUUUUCCUUUGCGUGGAGGGGCCCCUGGACAGGGAGAGCCGUGACCUGUUUGUCCUGCGCCUUGUGGCCACGGAUGCGGGGUCCCCGCCGCUGAGCACCGAGGAGACGCUGCUGCUCCGGGUUGCAGACCUCAACGAUCAGGCUCCUGUCUUCAGCCGGGAGCAUUACCGGGCGUCAGUAUCCGAGGCCGCGGCCCCUGGCACCGCAGUCCUGUGGGUCAGCGCCUCGGACGCCGACGAGCCUGGCACGGAUCACGCGCGGCUUCGCUACGCGCUAGCCCAACUCUCGCCUCACUGCACCGCGGAGGCUCCGCCGCCCACCGCCGAGUGUGGACCCUCCUUCACCAUCGACCCUGAGAGCGGAGUCAUCAGCACGCGCAGAGCCCUGGACCGAGAGGUGCAGGCGGCUGUGGAGCUGAGGGUGAUGGCCCAGGACCUGGGCGAGCCCCCGCUCUCGGCCACCUGCCUGGUGAGCGUCACGGUGGAUGACGUGAACGACAACGAGCCCGUGUUCCGCAGGCAGGUGUACAACGCCACUCUGGAGGAGCAUGCUGCAGUCGGACAUUGCUUUCUGCAGGUGAAAGCCUCCGAUGCAGACGCCGGGCUCUAUGGCUUUGUGGAGUACGCGCUCUAUGCUGGAUUCCAAAGCCAGGAGGCGCCUCAUGCCUUCUCGAUUGACCCGCAGGAUGGGCGCAUCUGUGUUUCUCAAGACAUGGACAGGGAGAGGGAUCCAGCCACCUACGAUCUCCUGGUGAGAGCUAAGGAUGGGGGUGGGCUAAGUGCCCAGGCUUUUGUCCGUGUGGAACUGGAAGAUGUGAAUGACAACCAUCCUGUGUUUAACCCAUCAACCUACGUGACAAGCAUCAGCAGUCACGCUCAGCCAGGCACUGAGGUCAUCAACGUUCUCGCUACCGACAGGGAUUCUGGGAGUUAUGGAAGAGUGGCUUACGAACUCAUUCCAGGAGAGCUGUCAUCCCUCUUCACCAUCGACUCCACCACAGGAAUUAUUUACUCCACAUCAACUCUGAGUCACUUGGAGUCCACCACACUCUUGCUGAUGGUCAGUGCUCGAGACGGCGGUGGGCUCACAGCUGCCACGAACGCUGACGUCACUGUCCAAGUUCUCCAGACACCGCUGGCCCCUGCGGAAUUUGAAAGGCCUCAGUAUAGCUUCGCGGUUUAUGAAGAUGUGCCUGUGGACAGCCUUGUUGGGACAGUGAAGGCAAGAGAGCCCUGGAAUUCUUCAGAACCAAACUUGUACAGAAUCUCCUCUGGAGAUCUAGAUGGAACCUUCUCCAUUCACCCGUGGCUGGGCACGAUUCGCACCCAGAAGCUUCUAGAUCAUGAAACCCAGCCUGUGGUUGUGCUCACGGUCCAGGCGCAGCUGGGCAGCUCCCCAGCCUGCAGCAGCACGGAAGUCAACAUCACUGUCCUCGACGUCAAUGACAACGGCCCCGUGUUUCCCAAAGCCUCGGAUGAGAUCACAGUACCGCAGACCACUGCGCCCGGCACAGCCGUGUACUUUGCGCGUGCAGAAGACAAAGACAGUGGGCUGAAUGGACUCAUCCGCUACAACAUCGCCAGCCCGAAUCCCGGCAUCUUUACCAUCCACCGGGAGCUUGGUGUGGUGCACCUCAGCGAGAGCCUUGCUGGCCACGUGCCGCGGAAUCACACGCUCACUCUCAGGGCCCAGGACCUGGGUGUCCCGCCUCAUGCAGCCCUGUUGCUAUUGACUGUGGUCAUAGAGCAGCAGCAACAGAGGCCACGCUUGGCUUUUGAAAACUUGGUCUAUCAAGUGGAAGUGAGUGAGUCUCUGUCGCUGAUGACGCAAAUCCUGCAAAUACAGGCCUACCGGCUUGGCCCACAGCCCACAGUGUCCCAGCUUGUGUACUCACUGGAACCCAGCGCGAGCUCGGCCGUGUUUGGAGUCCACCCUUACACGGGCUGGAUUUAUUUGCGGCGACGGCUCGACCAUGAAUCUACACAAGCCUAUAGUUUCAGAGCCUUUGCCUGCAUCCCGGAGGAUAGAUUGUUGCAAAAUGUGAGCACCGCAGUAAUUGUUCAUGUCCUGGAUGAGAAUGACAACCCCCCCGCCUUCUUGCAUGGUGUGUUGUUUUUGAAAGUUGAGGAGAGCCCUGCUCCCCAAGGGGUCCUAGGCAAAAUUACAGCAAUUGACGCAGACUCUGGAAAGAAUGGACAGCUCUCAUAUUUCCUUUUGUCUGAUGGAAAAUUCUUCAAGAUGAAUCCCAAUACAGGCGAAUUGAUCAGCUGGGUGGCACUGGAUCGUGAGCGUCAGACGCACCACCAGGUGACGGUCCUGGUGACGGACCACGGCUCCCCACCGCGGAAUGCCACCACGGUGGUUUAUGUCACAGUCACCGAUGUCAAUGACAACAGGCCCCUUUUCCCACAGUGUCUCCCUGGAGAAGAGUUGCACAUCAAGGUUCUGGAAGGCCAACCCAUAAAUAUGUUGGUCACAACUGUGUUUGCGAAGGAUCUCGAUGAAGGAAACAAUGCAGAAGUCAUCUAUUCAGUGGCUUCAGAAGACCAAUCUGAUCACUUUAAGAUUGACGCCAACAGCGGUGAAAUAAGAACAACCAGGAUCCUUUCGUAUGAUCAUCGAGCCUCCUACAGGAUGACUGUUGUCGCCAGUGAUCAGGGAGUUCCUCCUCUGCAGGGGCAGGCAGUUGUUAAUAUUCAGGUGAUACCACUGUCCACAGGGAGAGUUGCCAUUGGUCAGAAUAUCAGACAUUUAGUUAUACCGGAGAACUUGAAGCCUGCCAAAGUGAUGAGCUUGAGGAAGUCCCCGGAUCACCUCCAGCAUCGUAAUGGAAAGUUGCAUUUUAGCAUCGCUGCAGAUGACAGCGAUGGUCCCUUUGACGUCGACAGCACAUCAGGAGACGUGUUCCUUGCCAAAGACCUUGACUAUGAAGUUAGGUCUCAUUACCUUUUCCGAGUGGUUGCUAAAGACUAUAGCAGGGACCCCGCCCCGAGCAGCACAGUCUUCCUCAGUAUCGACGUGGAAGAUCAGAAUGACCACUCCCCGUCUUUCCAGGAAGAGCUCAUUGUGAUAAGCGUGGAAGAGAAUGUCCCCAUUGGGACUCUGGUGUACGUCUUCAAUGCCAAAGACGGUGACGGCAGUUUUUUGAACAGUAGAAUUCAAUACUCCAUCGAAUCCCACCACCCUGGAGUGAAUCCAUUCCUCAUCCACCCCUCCUUCGGCACACUGGUCACUGCAGCUGCCCUGGACAGAGAGAGUGUUGCCACUGUCACCCUGACAGUGACUGCGUCUGACCGAGCUGUGAACGUGACGGACCGGCGAGUGGCAUCCCUCAUUGCCAAAGUUGUGAUUCUGGACGUCAAUGACCACAGCCCCACCAUUGUGUCUUCCCCUGUUGCCCACGUCAGAGAGGAUGCAGUGGUGGGCUCCUUGGUCCACCGUGUCACUGCUCGAGACCCAGAUGCGGGCAGGAAUGGAAAAGUCACAUACAGCAUCCUCUUGGGAAAUGAAAACAAGGCCUUUGCGUUAGACAAGUCAUCAGGCUUACUGACCACCGCCUGCCCCUUGGAUUAUGAAACUACAAGUCAGCACACGCUGACCCUGCUGGCGGUGGACAAUGGCAUCCCUGCCCUGUCCUCCUCCCAGACCUUGACCAUCACCGUGCUCGAUGUAAACGAUGAGGCACCUGUGUUUAAGCAGCGUGUGUAUGAAGCUUCAGUUAAAGAAAAUCAAAGUCCAGGUGAAUUUGUCACACGGGUUGAAGCUCUGGAUGGAGAUUCAGGCACCAGUUCCAAGCUUCGGUUUGAAAUCAUGCCAGGUGCUUCAUUUGACUCGUUUGAGAUAAAUCCUGACACUGGAGAGGUAGUGACAACCACAACGUUUGACAGAGAAGUUCAGCAAGUUUUCACCCUUCGAGUACUUGUGCGGGACGGGGGAGUCCCUUCAUUGUCCGGCACCGCCACAGUUCUCUGCACCGUUGAAGAUGUAAAUGACCAUGCCCCAGAGUUCAUCGUCCCCAGUCAUGCCAUUGAGAUUCCGGAAAACCGAGAGCCAGGGGUAGUCUGUACCGUUUUAGCCUCUGAUAUGGACGCUGGCAAUAAUGGAGCUGUCACCUAUCACAUAGUUGGUGGAAAUACUGAUGGAUACUUCGCCAUUAAUGAAACAUCAGGAGAACUGUCAACCACUCAGGCUCUGGACCGGGAGCAUAUCAGCUCUUUCACCCUUGUCCUCCUGUGCUCCGACCUGGGCGUCCCCCCCAGGAGCUCCUCCAUGGAGAUGCACAUCAGGGUUCUGGAUGACAAUGACCACAGCCCUUCCUUCCCCACGCUCCAUUACCAGACCUCGGUGACAGAAGAUGCUCAAGUGGGGACGCAGGUCCUUGUGCUCUCUGCCGUGGAUGAGGAUGAAGGCCUGAAUGGGCAAGUGGAGUAUUUUCUGAUGGACGCAGCUUCUGGUGCCUUCACCAUUGAUCCCACAGCAGGCACAGUGAGAACCAGCCACACCCUUGACCGAGAAGCCAGGUCUCAGCAUACGUUCAUGGCAGUGGCCAGGGACCGUAGCACACAAGGCUCAAGAAGCACCACAGUACUUAUCACCGUGUGUGUCAUUGACGUGAAUGACAAUGAUCCUGUUUGGGACCAGAACCCCCUUGACGUUUUUCUCUCCUCCUGGUCACCUCCAAACCAGACGGCUGCCAUUCUGAGAGCCAAGGACCUUGACUUGGGGCCCAAUGGAACCGUCACGUUUGGCUUUGCAGAGACCCAGUCAGUGUUUUCUAUUGACCACCAUACAGGAGAAAUUCAACUGCAGCAAAGUCCAUCCCCGGAAAGGUUUCCUAUGUGGCUGCAGUUAAGAGUUACAGAUCAAGGGGUUCCUAGCAGGGCGACCACUGGUCUCUUGGUCGUUCACAUGGAAGGAGAAGAUGUCAAGAUUUCCUUCAGUGAGCAUCUGUAUGAAGGGAUUGUGACAGAGAACUGUGAGCCAGGUACUUCUGUUGUGACUGUAAAAGCUUUGGCUGCUGACUCAAUUCAGGAUAGCAUUGAGUACUCAAUUUUUAGUGGAAAUGAAGAUGGAGUUUUCUCCCUGUGCUCCCAUUCAGGACAACUCACGGUCAAAGAUCCCAGGUUUCUCGAUUUUGAAGUCCGGAACGAAGUGCAGCUCAUCGUUUUAGCUGAAAGUGGUGGGCAGAGAGCGUACAGCAAAGUUGCAGUCUUGAUACAGGAUGCGAAUGAUAACCUACCCCGCUUUGGGCAAAGCGUUUACCAGGCCUCGGUGUCUGAAGGCCAGAGCCACAAUACUCAUGUCGUUCAGGUUUUUGCUACUGACCUGGAUAGCGGGCUGAAUGGCCUCCUUGAGUAUUCUCUCGUCUCUGGCAACCAUGAGGAGGUGUUCCAGAUCGAUGCACUGAGUGGUGUGGUGACAACGCGUGUGGUUCUGGAUUAUGAGAGCAGCAGCUCCUACAGCUUGACUGUGCAAGCCACAGAUAGAGGGCUGCCCAGACUUUCAGCUACAUCUAUGAUCAACAUACAAGUGACUGACAUAAAUGACAAUGCCCCAUCUUUUCUCCCCUCUGAAGCAGUGCAAAUUGCAGAAGAUUCUUUGCCUGGUCUGAUUGUGUCUCGGGUAUCCGUUCAUGAUGUGGAUUUGAAUCCAGCUUUCGUCUUCAAUUUCGCCAACGAGCGUGAUCCUGGAACCAAGUUCGCUAUUGAUCAGAACACUGGAGACGUGGUGCUGGUGAAAACUCUGGAUUUUGAAGAAGCUGCUGAACAUAAGUUGCUCAUCCAAGUUUCCGACUGGGUGCACCUCACAGAGGGAGCGCUCACGGUCCAUGUGUUGGAUGUCAAUGACAACCCCCCAAUAUUUUCUCAAGAUUUCUAUCAGGUCACAGUUCCUGAGUCGGUGCCCCUGGGGUACUCAGUGCUGACUGUGUCCGCCACAGACUUGGAAAGCAAAGAGAACAUUUCUUACAGGCUGCUCUCCUCCGCUGAGGAAUUCGCAAUUGACCCAGUGAAUGGCACAAUAUUCACUAUCAGUCCUGUAUUAAUUCUGGAUGGAAUAUCAACUAUUCAGUUCCUUGUUGAAGCCAGUGAUGGUGGAAUUCCCAACCUGAGGGCUUUCACAUCAGUGGAGGUAGAAAUACAAGACGCCAAUAACCAUGCCCCUGAGUUUACAGUAGAAUACUAUAAUCUUAGCUUGAGUGAGGACGCUCUGGUCGGAAGCACGCUUGUCACGUUCUCCGCCAUCGACCGAGACUGGACCCGGGACAACACGUACGUUGAGUACUCCAUCCUUAGUGGGGAUGCCCAGAACAGCUUCCACGUGGGGACGAGUGUCGCUCACGCCGAGUACCCUUACCAGCAGGUCGGUCACCUCGUCUUGCGCCACGGCCUAGACCGCGAAGCAGCUGCCGCUCACCGGCUUGUCAUCCUUGCGUCUGACCGCGGCUGCCCGCCGCUGAGCGCCACAGCCGUCGUGUCAAUAGAGGUCCUGGACGUCAACGACAACCCCCCUGAGUUCGGCAGCCUGCAGUAUCACGCGCACGUCAAGGAGAGCACCCCUCUCGGGAGUCAGCUCGCCGUGGUCUCGGCCCAUGACGCUGACGUCGGCUCACACGCAAGCAUCGUCUACCGUCUCAUCUCCGGGAACGAGAAGGGACAUUUCCACUUAGAAGGCGACACGGGGGUUCUCUCCCUCGUGAAACCGCUGGAUUAUGAAGACACGGUCCAGUUCGCUUUGACCGUCCGAGCUUCCGAUGAGAAGGAACAGUUCUCCUUUGCCGUCGUGUCCGUCUACGUCCUGGACGACAACGACCACGCCCCUCACUUUCUGUUCUCAAGCGUGCACUGUGUGGUUCCGGAAAACCUGCCGGUGCCCGCCACCGUGUGCUCCGUGAACGCUUUGGAUUUCGAUGCGGGUCCCUACGGGGAGGUGACCUACUCCCUCGUGGCACCCUGUUUGGGCACUCACGGGGCGCCCCCCGGUCAGGGCCUCUUCCUCGUUGACCCUUGCACGGGGGACAUUCACGCUAAGCGGGCCCUCGAUUAUGAAAACGGGAGUAAGUACUGCCUCACGGUUGAGGCCAGAGACAAAGGCCACGCCGCAGCCUCCGUGACGGUCUGGGUGGAUAUCGAGGGGCUGGACGAAUUCGCGCCCGUUUUCACCCAAGACCAGUAUUUCUUCAGCCUCCCGGAGGAGAGCGACGUGAGACAGCCGAUCGGCAGGGUGCAGGCCUCAGACGCGGACGCUGGCCUCGACGGAGUCGUGCUGUACUCCCUUGGCACGGCUUCCCCUUUCUUCUCCGUAAACGACACUACUGGCAGUAUUUAUCUGGUUGGAGCCGUGCCCCUCCUCAGAAGUCAAGUCAUGGAGCUGAAGAUCGUGGCUCACAGCCCCAGGGCGGACUCCAAGUUCGCGGCCUGCACUGUGUUCGUCAAUGUGUCUUCGUCCCCUGCGGGGCGGCACUCCGCAGCGUCGCCCGGCAGCUUCUCCAUCAGCCUCGCGGUCUCCUUCUUCGUGUUCCUGUUACUCGUCUGCACUCUGAUUGCGCUGACUUUAAGACACAAACAGAAAGGCGCAGCCACCCGUUCCGGGGAGAAGAAAACGUCACCGGCCUUGGAUGCCACGUUGAGGCGGACGGCGGACGCCAGCGUGUUCAAGGCCUUCCACGAUGCCCGCGACUGCGGAGCCGAGACGGGACCGGCGGACCCCGCGCCCGAGUGGCUGAGCUUGAUCAGUGUCAUGGAGAAGGACAUGGCCACUCUGUACAGGCACUCCAGCUCCAGCGGACACUGCUCCGUGGAAGGAGAAACGGCAGAAGAUAAGGAAAUCCAAAGGAUCAAUGAGCACCCUUACAGAAAGGACUUGGACUCAGCGCUGGGCAACAGAGAGUCCAGGGUGCCCGACUCGGGAAUCCCCAGGGACUCGGACCAGCUCUCCUGCCUGUCUGGGGACACUGAUGUGAUGGUCACGGCCGAAGGCACAGAAAUCAGCCAUCUGGCUGAGGGCAGAGAUGGGGGAGGUGACUGCGGCACCCCCUGUGCCCAGCAGAACGUGUUACCCCAGACCCUUCAGAGGAGAGAGGCCAAAAAGGGCAUGCCAGUGGAUGCCAGCAGAGAGUCUCUGGUUAUGUCAGGUGCCCAGGAAGCAAGAGGGUCGGCUCCUCCAGCUCCGAGAACAUCUGAUCUCCAGGUCAGGGGCAACUCCACCUGGGACUGUCUCCUCAGCUGGGAACCCAAGUUCCAGUCCCUGGCCUCAGUAUUUAAUGACAUAGCAAAACUAAAGGACGAGCAUUUGCAUACACCCAGCAUUCCAAAGGAGAAGAGAUCUUUUGUUUUCCCACCACCUUUGAUAACUGCAAUAGCCCAGCCUGGGAUUAAGGCAGUGCCACCCAGAAUGCCAGCUGCAGCCGCAGGGCCGGGGCUUCAGAGGUACCCCCGCUCCCCUCUUCUCUACCACCUCGGCUCUCUGCCAGAGGCCAUGACUCCCAACUUUUCUCCCUCGCUUUCCCUGUUGACCGUGCAGACCCGGGCCACGUCGCCACUGCUGUCAGAUGGAGGAGCUUCAGGAGCACAUGUGAGCGGGACCUGCCAAGAGCUUACAGCGGAAGAUGAAGUCCAAAUAUAA